UACAUCCGGGUCUUUGUUGGUUGGUAGCAGUGAAGAUGGCGGCGUCAGGGAGGAGUACAUUAUUAUCCUCCAACAACAGUGGACUAAACAGCACAGCCGAACAACCAAACACUGAAGACGAAGAUGGACAGGAUUUAUGGUCUGCUAUUCUGAGCGAAGUAUCGACUCACUCCAGAUCUAAACUACCGUCCGGGAAAAAUGUGCUGGUCAUGGGGGAGGUGGGUUCGGGGAAGACCACCCUGGUUGCUAAACUACAGGGUGUGGAGGACUUCCUGAAGGGGCGUGGCCUGGAAUACCUCUACUUUAGUGUCCAUGACGACGACAUUGACGACCAAACCAGGUGUAAUGCCUGGGUGUUAGAUGGGGAUCUGUACCAUAAAGGUCUGCAGUCUGUUGCUGUGCAACGAGAGGCGCUUGGUGACUCGUUGUUAUUGGUUACUGUGGACCUGUCGCGGCCGUGGGUCGCCAUGGAAUCGCUUCAGAAGUGGGCGGCUGUCGCUAGGGAACAUAUCGACAAGCUCCGGGUCCCCCCGGAAACACUGAGGGAGCUGGAGAACAGAAUGGCCAGACAGUUCCAGGAGUAUGUGGAUCCUGGCUGGGAGGAGAGCGCCCCCCAGAGGAGGAGUGAGGAGGAGGAGAACGUUCUGCUGCCGCUCGGCGAAAACACACUCACACACAACCUGGGACUACCCAUGGUGGUGGUCUGCACUAAGUGCGAUGCCAUCAGUACGUUGGAGAAGGAGUAUGACUACAAAGACGAACACCUGGACUUCAUCCAGUCAUACAUCAGACGCUUCUGUCUACAGUACGGGGCAUCUCUGCUGUAUACGUCGGUUAAGGAAAUGAAGAAUGUGGAUGUUCUGUAUAAAUACCUGGUUCACAGACUUUACGGUUUCCCCUUCCACUACCCUGCUCAACUGGUGGAGAAAGACACAGUCUUCAUUCCGUCAGGGUGGGAUAAUGAAAAUAAGAUAUCUAUCCUCCAUGAGAACUUCCAAACGCUGAAACUAGACGACAUCUUUGAGGAGGUCAUCGUCAAACCGCCUGUCAGAAAGUUUGUUCAUGAGAAGGAGAUUCAGGCUGAAGAUGACCAGGUGUUUCUGCUCAAGCUGCAGUCGCUGCUCUCCAAACAGCCUCCUGCAUCUGCCGGACGACCAGGGGAGUCCAGCAGUAGUAGAGGUCCCAGUGGUUCUCCCAGGACCAGUAAUCGUUCAGCUGCAGCCAACGUAGCUAACACCAUGCCCCAAUCAGCCGGUCAGACCAGUGAGGGGGUGCUGGCUAACUUCUUCAACAGUCUUCUGACCAAGAAGGCCGGAGCAUCGCCGCCGGGCAACAGCACACCAGGGACUGUUCGCAAGUCAGGUUCUAAGCUGGGUCUGAGUGAUGUCCAGGCAGAGUUGGACAGGAUCAGCUGCAGAGAGAAUGAUGAGACCAACAACAGCAACACUAACAACCCUAACCCCAGUACUGAGACCAAUGAAGAACAGACAUGAACAGACCACCUCCCUCUUCCUCCCCCCAACCUCACCCCCCCAGA